AUGGGACCGAUGCGUGCACAUAACGUAUUGAAGAGUUGCUUUGAAAAAGUGAUUGGCAAUUCUAUAGGAAAUAAUUUGCUAAAUAAUAUUAAUGUAAGAAGGUUAUCAUAUAAUAAUUAUUAUAAAGGUGGUAAUUUAUUUGUAGAUAACCCAAGUUUUCAUUAUAUGAAUAUUGAAAAAGAAAAAUGUGGUAAAACAAAUAGUCCAUUUUUAAUAAGCUCUCGAAAUAUAGUUAGCAGUACAGCCAAAAAAUUAAAUAAAAAUAAUUAUAUUGAAAAUGGUAGUAAAGAAGAAGAUAAAUUUUUUGAAGGUGAACAUUUGAAUAGACAAUUAGGAGGAUAUGGAUAUCCUAUGAUGUUUAUUGUUACUUAUGAUAGACCAAGUUGGCAACCAUUUUGGGAAAAUGAUUGUGAUGUUAUACCAAGAGAUGAGUUUGGUAUACCUGCUAGUAUCCCACCUGAAGUUUCAACAAAUAUAAAACAUACAUAUUAUGUUCCUCCACAAUUUUAUAUGUUUUUAAAAAAAUUAGGUGAUGAUACAGCUGAAUUAAAACCAUAUAUGACUAAAUUAAUACAAGGGGAAUUUACUUAUGAUGAUUAUCAAGAAAUGUUUUAUAAAUUUGCAAAACCUUUAAAAAUCUUUCGUAAAAAAAUUCCAGUUCCAUAUAGAUCAGCAGAAGAGAUGAAGCAUGAAGAAAAUAUUAAAUGGCAAUCAGCUUGGUAUUCAUAUAGACAAAAAGUUUUAGCUGAAUAUAAUGUAACAAUGUGUUUAAGAGAAUUUAUUUUAUAUAUGACAGUUGGUUUAUAUUUUGCAUAUUUAUGGCUUGAUGCUUUAAGACAAUACCGUCUUGAUAUGAAGCUUUUUUAUUUAGAGGCUCCUGAACAUAAAAUAAAUUGGGUAAAGCCAAGGGGGGACCUUGUAUAA